UGAAAAAAUCCAUGCGUAAACGUGCGAUGCCUCGGAGAAAACACAGAACACACUUUAUGGGAGAGAUCCUUCUGUAUCCAACCACCGUGCCCGAGUCACGGUGGAGAAGAGGUCAUGGUGGUGGUGAUGAUGGUGGUGGUGAGAAGGCCAAAACCCAGGUUCCUGUUUCCAGCGUAGGAGAAGAGAGAGCAUUGCUCCUGGGCUUCGUCAUGAUGGGCUUCUCCAUCCUCAUGUACUUUGCGGUAGGGAUCGUUGUGAUAAAGCCAUGUGUUCACAGUGAAUGGGGAGAUGCCACCAACUGCUCACUGAUCCAGGCUGAGUUUCUAAACGAGUCUGAUGAACGAGUGAGCAGUUAUCCGUGUCUUCAUGUCUUGGUGAAUGCCACAGCUGUAUCAUCUGAAAAAACACUGCAUCUACGCUACGAUGAAGCAGCCGUGAACCUGAGUCCAGAGUGUUUCUACACCCCAAAAAACCACCAAAACAAAUCCGACGUGGUGGAAGAGGCUCGGAGAAUCAAAGACGUCUUCUUUAAACUGCAAGGCCAGGAUGUAAGAUGCUACCUGAGCACUCGUUACCGAGAGGACGCCAUCCUGACGAAGAGGCACAACCUGCAUGUUGCGUUGCAGUGCAUGGUGUGGCCGAGCCUCUUGCUUUUUGGAGGAGUGUUGCUGGUCGGUCUGGUUAUGCUGACACAGUACCUUGCUCAACUGUGUAAUGAAGUCAUCCAAGAAAAAGAAUUAAUGGAGGACGAGCAGAGCACAACUGGGCAGAACAAACUCUAUCGAUUUCUUCCAUGCAGGCCCUGGAGUCCCAGCCUAUAAGAAGAUGAUUAUGGCAGCCAACCAAGCUCUAUGUGUACAAUACUGUAA